AUGUGGACAAUGCUGAAGAAACAAGUCCAUCUUAUUAAAUCUCAUGUGAUUGCCCAUGAUGUGGAAAUCCACAGCCCUGGGACCUCUGUAACCUUUGACCCUGUGAGCGUUGAAUGGCAGCGGGUAGCCCAGCUGGACCUGGAUAACUGCUGGACUCUGCUGGACUGGGCUGGACUCUCCUGGACCUUCCUGGACUCGGAUGGACUGAUGUUUUUCUUCUUUUUUUGUCUGCAGCUGAGUUUCCAGCACACAGUUGGUGUUUGCUUCUGGGCCAGUCAGAACUCUGAGGAGAACAACAACAAGGCCAGUGCAGCUCUGGAACAGUUCCUGGACCUGCUGGGUCACAAGGUCCAACUGAAGGGAUUCACCGAGUAUAGAGAUCAGCUAAACAGCAUCGGUGACUCAACAGGAAGUCACUCCGUUUACACAAACUUCAGAGAGUUCAAGGUGAUGUUCCAUGUUUCAACACUACUGCCAAAUACUACAAACGAUACAAAUCAGCUCCUGUAUAAACAUCACAUUGGGAAUUACAUCGUCACAGUGAUUUUCCAAGAGCCAGACGCUCUGCCCUUCUGUCCCCAAAACAUCAACUCACACGUCUUCAUCAUCGUCAGAGUCCACCGACCCUGCAGCCAACACACCUGCUACAGCGUUGCAGUUUCCAGGUGCAGAGACGUCCCGUGCUUCGGUCCUCUGAUCCCAGCAGGUCAGAGUUUUUCCGCCUCUCCUGCUUUCAGGGACUUUCUGCUGACGAAGAUCAUCAAUGCUCAACACGCCGUACGCAGGACAGAAAAGGUUGUUGCCAUGGCGAUGUGCAGCAGACAGGAACACCUGAUGGCGCUGGUGGAGAACUUUGUUACGUCGACACCAGUGGACAUGUCCUCCUCUGCCAGGUUCAGUUUUAUCUCUCUGGGAGGGAAGAAGAAGGAGCGCAGCACGCCGUGCCGAUACGCUUACCUGCAGAGCAGCGGGGCACUCACCUGGAGUGUGACAGUUCGAGACUUCACCCACUCCACUGCUGUCACAUGCCGGCUUGCCGUCUCCAACGAGUUUGUGGUGCUGAUAGAGGAAGCGAGCAGACAGGUGGUGUUCAGCUGUUACUGCAGAGACGUGAUUGGGUGGAGCGCUGGACACGGACUCAUCAAACUGUUCUACGAACACGCCGACUGCAUGAUGUUUUCUACAACCUUGGAGGAUAUCAGAGAAAUCUCGCAGAGACUGCAG